AUGGGCAACAAGCAAACAGUCUUUACUCAUGAGCAGCUGGAAGCAUAUCAGGACUGCACCUUCUUCACGAGGAAGGAAAUCAUGAGGCUCUUCUAUCGCUACCAGGACCUUGCCCCCCAGCUUGUCCCUCUCGACUAUACCAGCUACCCUGAUGUGAAGGUUCCUUACGAGCUCAUUGGCAGCAUGCCUGAGCUGAAGGACAACCCUUUCCGUCAGAGGAUCGCCCAGGUCUUCUCCGAGGAUGGGGAUGGCCACAUGACCUUGGACAACUUCUUGGACAUGUUUUCUGUGAUGAGUGAAAUGGCUCCCCGCGACCUCAAAGCCUACUACGCUUUUAAAAUUUAUGACUUUAACAACGAUGACUACAUCUGUGUGUGGGACCUGGAGCAGACGGUGACCAAGCUAACGCGGGGAGAGCUGAGCGCUGAGGAGGUGAGCCUGGUGUGUGAGAAGGUGCUGGAUGAGGCCGACGGGGACCGCGACGGGCGACUGUCCCUGGAAGACUUCCAGAACAUGAUCCUGCGGGCGCCGGACUUCCUCAGCACCUUCCACAUCCGCAUCUGA